AUGUCUGCGGAACAACCAUCAAGCAACCCGGAGAUCACCUACCUCCGUGGCCGAGUCCGGAUGAUCGAAGAGGACAACGCCUUCGUGAACAACGAAAAUGACCAGCUCCGAGAGGCAAACGACACCUUGAUCACUGACAUCGGGGAACUUCGAGAGCAGCUUGAUGUCGCGGAGAGACGUGUAGAGUUUCUGCAAGCUGAGUUGGCGCGCCUCACCGCCCUCUGGAGAGCAGCGGAGGAGAAACUCGCCAACAAGAUCGUCGAGAACGCAGAGCUCUCCCAGAGACUCGAGGGUGACGCGUCUACCAACGCCAACGACAACAAUGUCCCCUCGGAAGCCCUGAGAAACGUCGAGUACAAGGAGCCACAACGGUGA